AUGGCCAAACCAGCAGCAACUUUGUUCGUCGUCUUCAUCCUCCUCGUCGCCGCUACGAACGCGACCCCACCGCCAUCGCUGCAACCAACACUCGAAGAGCUCGAGCUCGAGCCCUUCCCCCCGACAGAAGAAGCCCCGUCGCCAAGCUUAGGCGCCGACUCCGUUGAAGACCUCAAGUUCAUGCUCCCGUUCCUCAACGGCGAGUGCUGGAGCACGAUAAAGGACGUCCCGGGGUGCGCAGCCGAGGUCCUUCAAUCCAUCUUCACCUUCAGGCUCAGGAUCGGGCCCAACUGCUGCGGCGUGAUUCUGAACAUCGGCGACAAGUGCCUGCAGGAUUUGUUCGGUGUUUUGCCUUUCAACCCUGCGAGCCUCGUCUGCCCUCCUCCCGAGUACUGA